UUCACUCUUUUCUGUAAAAUAAUAAAUCAGACAGAUUUUCCCAUUCUCCAGAAACAGAAUUUCAUCUGAGUGAGUGAUGGCACACAAAGUACCAAUUAGGGUUCGAUUGUUCGAAGAGAAGAUCUAUUGAGGAAGGGAAUUGUUACUGUUAAGAGCAAAUUUUGGAUUUUAGGGUUUCUUUUAGCUCAACAGAUCGAACAGCUUCAGAGUAUAGAUCGGUGUCUGCUCAGAAAAUUCCGAUCUUGACUUUUUCCUGUAAGUUGUGCUGGGGGAUUUACUUUGAUCCUCCUCCACUUCUCUCUAGCCAUGAAGGCUUCUGCAAGGUCUAUUCACCAAAAGCGCGACCUGCUAAUGCAAGUCCAGGGUAAAACAAGCCAGUCUCAGGCAUUGUUAUUAGUUAGUAGCAAAACUAUGGAAGACUCCUCUCCGGGAUUUCAACCAUCUGCAACUACCCCAGACACGCCUGGCUAUGUGGUUGCUUCAAACCCUAGUGCUCCGAUGGAAAUUGAUUCUAAUGAAUCAAGGAAGAGGCAGAGCCCAGAUGAUGGCAGAUCAUCGGAUGAUGUGUAUAGCUGGCGAAAAUAUGGGGAGAAACAUGUAAAAGGAAAUGAGUCUACACGGAGCUAUUACAAAUGUUCCAAUCCUGUCUGUGAAGCGAAGAAGCAAGUAAUACGAUCUUAUGAAGGGCAGACAAAAGAGAUUACUUAUAAAGGAAACCAUAAUCAUCUCGCACCACAGCCAAGUAAUGAAAUGGCAGUUGGUACAACUCUUUUUGUUUAUAACGGGCCGGCGAAAGAGAUUACGUAUAAGGCAAAGCACGAUCUUCCUGCGCAGACAAGCAGUGAAAUGGCCGUUGAAAAACAAAUUCAUCUCACCGAACCAAAUGGUAUCUCUGGUUUUUCUCCCAUCACAGCACAAAGUGAGGAAAUUUCAGGUGCAGCACCAAAACUGACCGAUGAUAUCAAGGUCGCGGAAUGUGAUGAUCCAGAGUCCUCCAUAAAAUGUGUUGGGCUCAACGCAAUGUCCAUCAGCAAAACUCCGGCUAAGUUAAAACAGAAGCGGAGGAAACCAUCUGUUGAGGUGCCAGGUGAAUGCCAGUCCCCUGCAAUUGUGUCACCUUUGGCGAUUCAAGCAGCAACACCCUCAACUUUCUCAAAUUCUCCAGGUCAGAUGGUUACGUCAAGAACCAUUGUACCUGUUGAAGUUGACUCUCAUGAGUUGCAGCAGAGACAAGUUUUGGACAGCAUAGUUCAGGCUAUGCCAUCUGACCUCAAAGGGCCUCUGAUGGCCGCUGAAAGAUUGUCGGAAGAUGGAUAUAACUGGCGAAAAUAUGGGCAAAAACGUAUUUCAGGAAGUGAAUUCCCACGGAGCUAUUACAGAUGUACGCAUCCUAACUGCCAGGUGAAAAAACAGCUGGAACGUUCUCAUGAUGGAAAGCUCACGGAGAUUGUAUAUAAAGGAACUCAUGAUCAUCCUAAACCUCAGCCAAGCAGUCGAAUGGUAGUUGGUACGAUACUGUCUAUUCAAGAAGAAUCUGAUAGAGUUUCUUUAAAUCUCAAAAAAGAUAACUCAUCAAAUGGACAUGACAUAGCAUCAUGCGAUACCAAUCCGAAGAGCAUCCAACCCCAAGAGCUUGCUCAUGUUGGCACAUCUCAUAUUGCAGCAACUGAUGUGGAUGUAAAAGAUCAGGGUCCUAAGUUGAAUGAGCCUGGGAAGGAAGUGAACAAUGAUCAAGUUCCAGUAUCUAAGGCAAGCUGCUCUGAAUCCAAUACUGAGACCAGCAAUGCGUUGGCGGUGGCAGUGUCAACUCACCAGCAAAGUGAGCCGUCUCUACAAAUUCAAGUUUACAUGGUCUCCUCAAGAGAUGGUUUACCUGUUGAUUCUAAUGAAAAGCGGGAGACUGAUGGCCCAGACAGUGGGCUCCAAGCGGGACAAUCUUAUCAAAAAGGAACUAGUUCUUUAAUACCAACUGAGAGAUUACCUGAUGAUGUAUAUAACUGGCGGAAGUAUGGGCAAAAACAUAUCAAGGGAAACGAAUUCCCGCGAAGCUAUUAUAGAUGCACGUAUCCGAACUGCCAGGUGAAAAAACAAUUGGGACUAUCUCAUGAUGGUAGGAUAAUAGAGAUUAUUUACAAGGGGAAGCAUGAUCAUCCCAAGCCUCUGCCUAGGGGUGCAAUUCUGUCUGUCCAGGAUGAAAGAUCUGAUGGCAAGCCAUCAAAUGAAGAGAGCCAGAGCCAGACAUCUCAUUAUAUUAAGAUAAUAGGUGCCAACGAGCAUCCAGUUGUCAUGGCAAGUGAUGAUGAUUUGGAAUCUCCAACUACACAAUCAAAUAGGGUCAGCGAUGAUGUUGAGGGUGAUGAUGACCCGCAGUCUAAACGCAGGAAGAAAGACGUUGAUGAUUUAGACGUUUCUGCAAUGGGUAGAGCAGUUCGGGAACCACGUUAUGUUGUCGAAAAGCCUAGUGAGGUUGAUGUAGUGGAUGAUGGGUACCGCUGGCACAAAUAUGGUAGAAAAAUGGUGAAAGGCAACACCAAUCCAAGAAAUUACUACAGAUGCUCAAAUUCUGGUUGCUCAAUGAAGAAGCAUGUGGAGAGGUCAUCACACAAUCCGAAACUACUCAUAACCACAUAUGAGGGAAAGCAUAACCAUGACAUGCCUGCUCCGAGAACUUACAGUAAUGAAGCCUUAACACCAAAGCCUGGGUCGGAAGAGCACGAUGCGGAUACCAUUGAGAAUAGAGUAGGAGCUGCAGGAGCAGGCUCAAGUCCUCAAAUUGGAAUGAUCGAGGAUAAGCGUUCAAUGCUGGAUCAAGUAGCAGCUCAGGACAAAAACCAUAGCACAAUUCCACUUCAUAACAUAGUUGAUCUAAACCCGCUUGCAACCUGUCUCGGUGGUGCAGAUGGAGACAAACUGAAGGAAAAGCAGAAUGAUUCCCCUAGGUUUGACAACCCACCACCAUGAAAGCAUUUGUAAGCCGCUGAAAAUGGGUGCACAUAGGAAAAGAUGAUUGGUAAAUUAUGAAUGUUGUCGAAGAUGGUCGCCCAUCAAUAAAUGUACUGGAUAUUCUUGGAGAAGGCAAUGGCCGUUAUUUGGGGUAUCAUGAUUUAGAUAUAUGAUAUUUUGACAUUUAUUAGUCAAUAGCUACUGUUUUGCUCGAGUAAAUUCCCCCCCUGUAGUAAGGUUUCGCUUUCUUUAAAUAAUUUCAUUUGAAUGUAUAUUCACUAGCUUUGUAGCAGAAGACUUAUGUAAUGGUAGUGUUUUUUAAGCUGAAAUGUUGGGUAGUGUUUCUCCUAGA